AUGUCAUCCAACUCAUCAGUCGUUUACCACUACUUUGCCAUUGGCAAGCUUGGGCGAGGAGAAGUUGUCAAGCUGUUCCUCAAAGAUGCAGGCCUUUCUUUCGAAGAGAAGCGUUACCCUCACGACGAUACCUGGAAGGUAACCAGCGAGAAGCUGAAGCAACAGGGUAUCAUCCGCACUGGACAGCUUCCUGCCCUUGAGUAUAAAGGCCUCGUCUUGAGUCAGCACAUCUCAAUCCUUCGAUUCCUAUCUCGUGAACUCGGCAAGUACGAUGGUCAGACCAACGAGGACAAGUAUCUGGUAGAUGCUGUCUCAGACAUCUACAUUGAGUGGAGAGCCGGAUGGGCAUCCAAUCUUGGUAAAGCUUCCGAAGACUUCAAGAACAAGACUGUCCCCAAGUACUAUGACCUUGUCGCGCAGUACUACUCUGACCGAGAAGGGCCUUACCUCCUUGGCGAAGAGGUCAGCUAUGCAGACUUUGCGGUCUACAUGUCUAUCGACAACGAUAUCAGAACCAAGACUAUUCCUGAAAAAAUUCCAGAGGUUCUUCUCAAGUUCAAGGAGACAUUUGAGAAGCGAUCGAAUAUUGCCUCUUAUGUCAAAGAGGACAAGGCUUGA